GUGUGCUAAGCUGUCUUAGUCAUACUUUGUCAUUAAGAGUGUUUGGUUUUAUUAUGACGCCACUUUUCAGUCUUAUUAAUCAACAGUGUUGGUUAUUGUAGAAAAGCAUUAUCAGCAGUAGUUUAUAUAAUGUUGAUAUAAAGAAAUUUUCUGUACUCAGACCGUGUGCAGAAGCCCAAAGUAACAGUGAUGUGUACAGGCGAUAAGACAAAAGUCUCUUUUACUUGUUAUGUUAUUAAGAGUGAAAAUAAUUUUCAGAUCAAAUGGUUUAUGGGUGAUAAACCUGUGGCAGAAAAAGAGACUGGCAAGGAGCUGACAAGGCCAGUCAAAGACGUGCUAAAUGCUCGUUUCUCUUGCAAUGUUUCUAACCCCGUCAGCUCUGAGAUCAGUCAGCCUGUUCAACAAGACUGCAUUAAGCCCUCUGAUCACAGUGGCAUCUGGAUCGCUGUGGGCAUUUGUAUUUGUUUGGUGGUAAUCCUUGUUGUCGUCAUUUGCUGUGUCCAGUCCAGACGGAAAAAGCGGAUUAAAAAAAUCCAGGAGGAGGAGCUUCGUUUGCAGAUCACUCAGUAACAGCAGCAACAUCAGCAGCAGCUGUAGUGAGCUGGCCUGCAACACUCAAAUAACUGAUCACCACCAUCACGACCAGCAGCAUCCCAGAACCUCUGAGUGAGACAACAGAAAAAAUACAAUCAUUAUCCAGCCUCAGUGCUGAGAUGAAACGGUGUGUUUAGGACCCCUCGUUUGUUUACACUGACUGUAUAAACUGGGUUAAAUGUGCACACAAUAAUGGAGCAGGUUAAUAAACUCAUAUAGACGAUCAGUCUAAACAAGUGCUAAUCAGUAUUUGAUCAACAUUGAUGGACUCAUUUUUAUUAAAGACUCAUGUGUUACAGUGUUUUUAAAAGAUGUGGAAAAACUAGAUUAUUCUUGGAAUACUAUCGUCUACUUGUCUGUGUGGAAAAGCUUGUUCUUGUAAAAAUGUGAUGACACUUAUAUUUUGACUUUUUUAACAUUUUUUCUACUUUUGUUUUUCCUGUAGGUUUUUUAAAAUGUUACCUUUAAACAGUUGUAAUUUAGCAUAGCAUAGCAUGGCCAUCUCUGUAGUCCUCUUGCUUGUGAACUCUGGGAUUUGUAUUACAACCAAAGUAUCUCAAAGCCAUGGCAGUCCUUUACUGUUUCUGUUUUAAACUGCUUGAAAGGGACUGACUUGUAUUUUCAGACCUAUGAAUUCUGCCAUAAACAUCUGUUUGAAAUGUUUUGUGUUCCUCUUCUGUUUGACAAAAAGUUCUGCUUCUAUUUUUUUAAUCAGUAAUACUCUAAUGUGAAUAAUAAGCAUGGCCUUCCUUAUGAACGCAUCAACAGUUCAUGUCCUCGGAUAGUUUUGCCACGUGUGGAAAAAGUGUAUAAUUAUAUUUGGAUAUAUUUUUGCAAAAGGCUGUGAUUUUUCCUGCUGAAGUAUUUCUUCAGCUUUCCAAGGAUUUACCCAUGAACUCCUGCAGCUAGAUGGUACCAGAAGGUAUAUUUUGCUAUCUGAUCACAUGGUUGUAUAACAUAUUGACACUGGUCUCACUUCUGCCCUUGGAUUCUGUUAUUCGUGUUU